AUGGGUCGCGGCACACGCUCGCGAUCGCGGUCGUCCGGUCGCAGGGGCAAAAGGAGGCGGAGCGGGAGUCGGAGCCGGAGCCGAAGUCGUAGCGGCAGUCAUGGGCGGCGAAGGUCCCGUGAGGACGAGGAGCGUCGCCGGCGGAGGCGGCGGAACCGGGAACGCAGGUCAGAUUCGGAGGACGAGCGGUGGCAACGGCCAGGAAGGCACAGCUGGAGCCCCCCACCACCCCGUUGGCAUUCCCGGAACCGGAACCGGGACCGGUCCUCGCCAUCAGACUCUGGAGAGGAGCAGGCAUGGGGCCGCCAUGGACGCCGGCGCUCAUGGUCCCCGCGAUCCUCUGCAUCCAGCACAGCCUCUCCGGGGUGCUCACAGAGUCCCAGAGCCGUGGCAGCAGCGGCCCUAAGCCAGCAGCAGAGCCUGCAGGAGCGGCUGCGGCUGCGAGAGGAGCGCAAGCAGCAGGAGGAGUUGCUCAAGGCCUUUGAGACGCCGGAGGAGAAGCGUGCGCGGCGGCUUGCUAAGAAGGAGGCCAAGGAGCGCAAGAAGCGGGAGAAGAUGGGCUGGGGCGAGGAGUACAUGGGCUACACCAACACCGACAACCCCUUUGGCGACAACAACCUUCUGGGCACCUUUAUCUGGAACAAGGCCCUGGAGAAGAAGGGGAUCAGCCACCUGGAGGAGAAGGAGCUAAAGGAGCGGAACAAGAGGAUCCAGGAGGACAAUCGGCUGGAGCUGCAGAAGGUGAAGCAGCUGCGGCUGGAGAGGGAGCGUGAGAAAGCCAUGCGGGAGCAGGAGCUGGAGAUGCUGCAGCGGGAGAAGGAGGCAGAGCACUUCAAGACGUGGGAGGAGCAGGAGGACCACUUCCACCUGCAGCAGGCCAAGCUGCGCUCCAAGAUCCGCAUCCGUGAUGGCCGGGCGAAGCCCAUCGACCUGCUGGCCAAGUACAUUAGUGCUGAGGACGAUGACCUGGCGGUGGAGAUGCAUGAGCCAUAUACCUUCCUCAAUGGACUCACAGUGGCGGACAUGGAGGACCUGCUGGAGGACAUCCAGGUGUACAUGGAGCUGGAGCAGGGCAAGAACGCUGACUUCUGGCGUGACAUGACCAUCAUCACCGAGGACGAGAUCUCCAAGCUCCGCAAGCUGGAGGCCUCGGGCAAGGGCCCAGGUGAGCGCAGGGAAGGUGUGAAUGCCUCAGUCAGCUCCGACGUGCAGUCGGUGUUCAAGGGCAAGACCUACACGCAGCUGCAGGUCAUCUUCCAGGGCAUUGAGGGCAAGAUCCGUGCUGGAGGCCCCAACCUGGACAUGGGCUACUGGGAGAGCCUGCUGCAGCAGCUGCGUGCGCACAUGGCCCGCGCCAGGCUCCGAGAGCGCCACCAGGACGUGCUUCGGCAGAAACUGUACAAGUUAAAGCAAGAGCAAGGUGUGGAGAGUGGCCCCCUGUUCCCCAUCCUCAAGCAGGAGCCACCAUCCCCCAGUCAGAGCCUGGAGCCUGAGGAGACUGCACCCACACCGCCAGGGCCCUCGGUGGAGGGCGGCACUGCAGAGGAGGGGUCUGCACCUGGAGAGGGCGAAGGGGAUGGGGAGGGUGACGGCGACGGCGACGGCGAGGCGGUACUCAUGGAGGAGGACCUGAUCCAGCAGAGCCUGGACGACUAUGAUGCGGGCAGAUACAGCCCGAGGCUGCUCACGGCACAUGAGCUGCCGCUGGACGCACACGUGCUGGAGCCGGACGAAGACCUGCAGCGCCUGCAGCUGUCACGGCAGCAGCUCCAAGUUACUGGCGAUGCCAGCGAGAGUGCUGAAGACAUCUUCUUCCGGCGCGCCAAGGAGGGCAUGGGCCAGGAUGAGGCGCAGUUCAGCGUGGAGCUGCCACUCAGCAGCAAGGCCUACCUGUGGGCCGACAAGUACCGGCCCCGCAAGCCGCGCUUCUUCAACCGCGUGCACACAGGCUUUGAGUGGAACAAGUACAACCAGACGCACUACGACUUCGACAACCCCCCGCCCAAGAUCGUGCAGGGCUACAAGUUCAACAUCUUCUACCCCGACCUCAUCGACAAGCGCUCCACGCCCGAGUACUUCCUGGAGGCCUGCUCUGACAACAAGGACUUCGCCAUCCUGCGCUUCCACGCAGGCCCUCCCUAUGAGGAUAUCGCCUUCAAAAUUGUCAACCGCGAGUGGGAGUACUCGCACCGCCAUGGCUUCCGCUGCCAGUUCGCCAAUGGCAUCUUCCAGCUCUGGUUCCAUUUCAAGCGCUACCGCUACCGUCGGUGAUGGCGGGCACUGAGAGGCAGGCUGGGAUGGCCUUGGCCCCCAUCCAGAGCCCCCCACCAGGCCUCCAUCUGCGCCUGCAUCACACAGAAUGUAGCUGUAAAAGCGGCCUUGGAGAACAGAGGGGACAUCAGGUGGCCUCAGCAUGGGCGUGUCGCAAGGGGAGGUCAGAACAGAGGGGUCUGGCAACUGUCAGCAGAUAUCCCCAUGCAGGUGGCACAGGAGCCACCCACUCUCACCCCAAGUCAGACCUUAUCUGGAGGAGCUGGCAGUGCCCUUGGGCCGUGCCCUGAGCAGGCCGCUAUGCCAGGCAACAGGAGGUGGAACAGGGCCAGCAUGGGAAAUAGGCGGCAGGAGGCCGAGCACAGAGUGGCACCUCCCAGAGUGUCACAGGGCCACACAGUGCCCGCGCCCCUCCCACCCACCCUCCUUGGCACUGGGCUGUGGUAAGGUCUGUGUCAUCAUGGCCCUUGGGACCCUGAGGCACUCCUUGGCUCCAGUCACCAGCUGUCAGGACCAAGAGCUCCACCCAAGGCCUGUGUCAUCUGGAAAUCAUUUCAGUCUGUUUCUCUGGGAAACUUUUUUUAGGGGGC